UCAUAUUCUCUCCUCUCACCCCUCUCUCCUCUCUCCUCUCUCCUCUCUCAGUCGUAGCAGCUCCUUUUGGACAAUCUCUUCAUCUCUGUCUUGCUCUUUUUUUUUUUUCUGUUUUGUUUUGAUUCAACUCUGUUUCAAUCGCAAUUCUUCUUCAGUGUUUUGCACACAAUCUGAGAAUUCAUGUGAAAUAGUCGCCGGUGAUCGGAACUGUUUCAUCUCGAUUCGAGAGAUCUGGGUGAUUUGGUUUCCAUCUCAUAGACAAAUGAAGCGGAUUAGAGAUGAUGUGUACUCCUCUGGGUCUCAAUUCAAACGUCCUUUCCCCUCUUCUCGUGGCGAAUCAUAUGUGCAAUCUCCAGUGCCUGGUGAUGGUGGGGGAGUAAACUCUCAGAAGUUGACAACCGAUGAUGCUUUGUCCUACUUGAAGGAUGUCAAGGAGAUGUUUCAAGAUCAAAGGGACAAAUAUGAUAUGUUUCUUGAGGUUAUGAAAGACUUCAAGGCACAAAGGACCGAUACGUCUGGUGUGAUUGCACGAGUCAAGGAGUUGUUUAAAGGGCAUAACAAUUUGAUUUUCGGGUUUAACACCUUUCUGCCUAAGGGAUUUGAAAUAACGCUUGAUGAAGUUGAAGAAGAAGAAGAAGAAGCUCCACCACCUAAGAAGACUGUUGAAUUUGAAGAAGCCAUCUCUUUUGUUAAUAAAAUCAAGAAACGGUUCCAGAACGAUGAAGAUGUGUAUAAGUCUUUCUUGGAGAUCUUAAAUAUGUAUCGGAAGGAUGAUAAGGACAUCACUGAGGUUUACAAUGAGGUAUCGGCUCUUUUUGAGGACCACCUGGAUUUGCUUGAAGAGUUUACUAGGUUUCUGCCAGAGUCUUUGGCGGCUCAUUCAGCAGCUCAGUUAAUACGGAGUCAGGCCCAACGGUAUCAUGACCGAGGAUCAGGCCCUCCUCUUGUGCGUCGAAUGUUAAUGGAGAAGGAUCGCCGGCGAGAAAGGGCUGUUGCUUCUCGGGGUGACCGUGAUCAAAGUGUUGACCGUUCUGACCUUAAUGAUGAUAAAGCAAUGGUUAAGAUGCACAGAGAGCCGAAGAAACGAGUCGAUAAGGAGAAUAGAGAAAGGAGAAGCCGUGAUUUGGAUGAUGGAGAAGCAGAGCAAGAUAACUUGCACCAUUUCUCAGAGAAAAGGAAGUCAUCCAGAAGAACCAGUGAGGGCUUUGAAGCGUACUCCAGUCCUGCCUCACAUUCUGAGAAAAACAAUCUAAAAAGCAUGUACAACCAAGCAUUUGUGUUUUGUGAGAAAGUCAAGGAGAGAUUAAGCAGCCAAGAUGAUUAUCAGACAUUCUUGAAGUGUCUCAAUAUUUUCAGCAAUGGAAUUAUCGACAGGAACGAACUGCAGAAUUUGGUCUCUGAUCUGCUUGGAAAAUUCCCUGAUCUCAUGGAUGAGUUCAAUCAGUUCUUUGAGCGUUGUGAGAAUGGUUUCCAGCACCUCGCUGGCGUUAUGAGCAAAAAAUCACUUAUUAGUGAAGAACAUUUAUCUAGGCCAGUGAAGAAGGAGGAAAAGGAAAGAGAAUACAAACGAGACCUUGAUGCUGCUAAGGAAAAGGAGCGUUCCAAGGACAACAAGUACUUGGAGAAAUCUAUUCAAGAGCUUGAUCUAUCUGAUUGCGAGCGUUGCACUCCUAGCUACCGACUCCUCCCAUCGGAUUAUCCAAUACCUUCGGUGCGCCACAGACAGAAACUAGGGGCUGCUGUUUUAAAUGAUCACUGGGUUUCUGUCACCUCAGGAAGUGAAGACUACUCUUUUAAGCACAUGCGCAGAAACCAAUAUGAAGAAAGUUUGUUUAGAUGUGAAGAUGACAGAUUUGAGUUGGAUAUGCUGUUGGAAUCUGUGGGUUCUGCUGCGAAAAACGCAGAAGACUUGUUGAAUAAUAUAAUUGAGAAGAAGAUAAGUAUUGAGGGCUCCUUCCGGGUUGAAGACCACUUCACAGCCCUAAAUAUAAGGUGCAUAGAGAGACUUUAUGGUGACCAUGGUCUUGACGUAACAGACCUAAUACGUAAGAAUCCUGCCGCUGCACUUCCUGUAAUUCUUACUCGUUUGAAGCAGAAACAAGAAGAGUGGACAAAGUGCCGUGAAGAUUUUAAUGCGGUCUGGGCGGAUGUGUAUGCCAAAAAUCAUUACAAGUCACUUGAUCACCGCAGCUUCUAUUUUAAGCAGCAAGAUUCUAAGAACUUGAGUGCAAAAGCGCUGGUGACUGAAAUCAAGGACCUGAAAGAGAAGUCUCAGGAAGAAGAUGAUGUUCUUCUGUCUGUAGCCGCUGGUCACAGACAACCCAUAGUUCCUCACUUCGAGUAUGAAUAUUUGGACAGGACUAUUCAUGAAGAUCUAUUUAAACUAGUCCAAUUUUCGUGUGAGGAGAUAUGUUCUACAAAGGAGCAGAUCGAUAAAGUUCUGAAGCUCUGGAGAAAUUUCCUGGAGAUGAUGCUUGGUGUUCCACCCAGGGCCAAGGGGUCAAAUUCUGUUGAAGAUGAUGUUGUAGAAACCAAGCAUCACGGUGCAUUGACGAGUGGGGAGGUGAAUGUGAGCUCUGGCUCGGCAAAUUUGACUUCGAGGCAACUAAAGUUCACUGCCUAUGGAGAUGAGAAUACUGCAGCGAAAGAAAACUGUAAGGAUGGUGAUCAUCCGGCUAAGAAAGAUGUUGCCACCUGUUCUGCUGUAAAACCCCAGAAAGAUCAAGAAAAUGGAAAUGGAGCUGAUAAACGAUCUGGAGAUGUUGGUGAUAGAGUAGCCAGUGGGGUAGAAAACAAUAAUAGUAAAGUAGGGAGUGGAGAUUCGUCAGGUGCACGUGGCAUUUUAUCCAAACCAGGUGAAGCUAUAGAUAACACUGAUACCAUUCAUCAUACUCAGGUACGUUGUAUUGGCAGUAGAACUAUAGUUACAUCAGAUGGAGUGCUGCCAGAUGCUUCUAAAGCCAACAGUAAUUAUGAUGGUUCAUCCAAUAUUGAGAAGGAGGAAGGUGAAUUAUCACCUAUUGGUGAUUCUGAAGACAACUUUGUUGUUUAUGAAGAUAGUGGUUUGAAGUCUACUGCCAAGCCAGAACAUUCCGUUGAAGCUGAAGGAGAUAAUGAUGAAGAUGAGGAUGGUGAUGAUGCUUCAGAAGGUGGGGAGGACGCGUCCGGAACUGAAUCUAUUGGUGACGAAUGUUCACAAGACGGUAAUGGUAUGGAGGAAGAAGGUGAUCAUGAUGAGAUUGAUGGUAAAGCUGAGAGUGAAGGAGAGGCAGAGGGAAUGGAUUCUCAUCUUAUAGAAGAAGAAGAAGAAGACAAUCGGUUGCUUCCAUUGUCAGAACGUGUUGUGUUAUCCGUUAAGCCUCUUUCAAAGCAUGUAGCUGCAGCUGCGUUGCUUGAUGAGAGACAAAAAGAUUCCAGAGUGUUCUACGGCAAUGACGACUUUUAUGUUCUUUUCAGGCUUCAUCGAAUCCUGUACGAGAGAAUUUUGUCUCCAAAAACAUAUUGCACAGGCGGUGAAGUGAAUCGAAGAAACACGAAAGAUACUACUAGUUCACCAGAUCCUUAUGCAAGGUUUAUGAGUGCUCUGUUUAGUCUGCUUAAUGGCUCAGCUGAAAGCUCCAAGUUUGAGGAUGAAUGUCGAGCUAUUAUUGGAAACCAAUCGUAUGUUCUAUUCACGUUGGAAAAACUGAUAUACAAACUAGUUAAACAGCUUCAAGCUGUUGUAGCAGACGAUAUGGAUAAUAAGCUUCUUCAGUUGUAUGAGUAUGAGAAGUCUAGGAAACCUGGGAGGGUCAUUGACUCGGUGUAUUAUGAAAACGCCAGGAUCCUCCUUCACGAGGAAAAUAUCUAUCGGUUGGAAUGUUCGUCCUCUCCACCUCAUUUGUCAAUCCAGCUUAUGGAUAAUAUAAUCGAAAAGCCUGAGGCUUGUGCAGUUUCCAUGGAUCCCACGUUUGCAAAUUAUCUGCAAAAAGAGUUUCUUUCCAACUCAUCAGGGAAAAAAGUAGUGCCGCAGUCCAUUGUGUUAAAAAGGAACAUGCGUGGAUACUCUGGUCUAGAUGAUCUUGCAGUAGCCUGCAAGGCAAUGGAAAAUGUAGAAGUAAUUAAUGGCCUCGAGUGCAAGAUGUCUUGCUCUUCCUACAAGAUUUCGUAUGUUUUGGACACGGAGGAUUUCUUCCACAGGAAGAUAAAGAAGAAGAAGAAGAAGAGCGAGAACUCGUCACAUGACAACUCAUCAUCCCAGCAACGCAAGUUGUAUAGAAUAGAAAGAUUCCACAAGUUUCUCUCAGCUUCAAGAUGACAGCAGCAAGAAGAAGAUCAAAACGGAUCUUUUAUCAUUUUACUUCAAUACAAGGAAGGUUAGAGGCUGACCAGGUUCUGUCUCUGCAACUUUCCCAGAAAUAAAAAGAAGUUUCAAUACUUUCUCGUUAGUAUUCUGUGAAGAAGUUACUUGCACAGUAGUGUGUGUGUAUUUAUCUAAUUUGUAUCUUGAUGAUUUAGGUUUACGAAAAAAAAAGAAAUGUGUGGAUGUAAAUAUUGGAAACACAUUCUUGGUUUGUUUGUAUCUACAGACAUAGUAAAGUUCCAAGGAGAGAUUCUCUCUUUUUAUAUAUAAGUAAAUGGUUUUUCAACGU